AUGGUACCAGAAGAUGCCUGUCGGUGCCCACGCUGGCAUUGGUUGGCUCUGAAAGUUGGCUGUGCUGGGCUGAUCCUUCUUGUUUUGAGCCUGGCUGGAUUUGGUGUCUCAGUGGGAUUUCUAGUGCAAAUACUACCAAUAGAAAAAUGUGCAGCUGCUCAAGAGAACUUGACUGAAGCAACAGAGAGAUCAGUCAUACUAACAUGCCCGAGAGAUUGGCAUCCAUACUGGGAUAAAUGCCUAUUUAUUUCUCAAACUUCCGGACCAUGGGCUGAAGGUCUUGCUGACUGCUCUGUAAAAGAAGCCACGUUGCUGUUCAUUGAAUAUGAAGAAGAAUUGAGAUUCAUUCGGGAGUUCUCAGAGAAAAUAGGACAGACUUUCUAUAUUGGACUGAAUUAUGUACCAGCAAAGAAGAUCUGGAAGUGGAUAAAUGGCUCUAUUUUAAAUCCUCAUCUAUUACAAAUCACUCUCAAGGAUGAAGAAAAGAGCUGCACCCUCAUCUCAAAGACCAAAGUGUUUUCUGACAUCUGUUCUACAGACAACCAUUUUGUCUGCCAAAAGAAGCUGAAACAUGUCUGAAACCCCAUGUUCUGAUUGCAAAUCUCAUCUCAUCCUCACCAGAUUGCUAUACUCAAUCUGUCAAUCCUGUCGGCCCUCCCAGUGCAGUUAGUGGCACAGAGCAUAGACUAUAAAAGCACUGUGAUUCUUGCAGAUGCUCCCUUCCAGUUUCUUUAUUCUGUAAAAGUAUAUGUACACAGACACAGAUGUACCAUUCUGAGACGAGUUCUAAGCCCAGGUCAGCAGGGGCACUGUAGACCUUGAGUGGCCUUGGCUGAUCUCUGUGCAUGAGGUCAUCUGCAGACAACCAGAGAAAAUUAUUUGCAAAGUCCUCAUCUCUACCCUCCACCCCAAGCUAUCUAAAAUCUAGGCUUGAUUAAAGUCUUUGCUAUUGAUACUGACACCAGAGGCCCAGAGUUUAGGAGUUUGGGGAAGGAAGAAUUUGCUUUGACUGACACCUCCAAAUUAACCAGUUAGCAAUUGACUAAUGUUGUGAUCAUAAGAGUGACUCUAGUUAAACUGAGCUCUUUCCAUGUGAUGCCUCCCACCCUGCUGUGAUCCACCAGCACCCCCUGGACAGAUGCUGAAACAUCUGCCCGGGGCUUGCCAGUCUUCAGAACGGCGAGACAGGGGGGUCUCUUCUUAUCCAGUUUCCUGUUACAGCAACAAAAAUGGCCUAAGACAACAAGUCUCUUCUCACCGUGUCACAAGCCUUUCCACCUUAAUUUUCCCAUCACUUCUUUCUUUCAUGCCUCUUUAUUGCUUAUGGCUCAUGCAGAAACUGUAGGAGGUAUGCAGUUAGAUAUUUGGUUAUUUUGGUAGAAAAUAAAUGACAUUUUUAGAUUCUUCAGUUAGAGAAAUUAAAAUAAAAUAAGUAUUUAUUCUGAUGAAUCUCUUGGAUGUCCAUUUUUCUGAGAAAAAAAAAAGAAUUGCCAAAUUUUCCAAAGUAAUCCAAAGAUUAAGAAGACUGU